AAGCCCAUCAUGCUUUUGAAGUCAGGACUAUUCUUCACUUUGUGUCUGUUUACCCUCCAAGCAAGUCAAAUCAAAGACCUUCAUGACCACGGUUUUUCUGGACUCAGGGAUGUGAAAUACAGACACUUUCUGGAAGCUUCUAGACCAAUCAGACACACUACAAAUGUCAGAGCAGAGCAGGACGGACAUCGGACAAAGAGGUCAGCGGUGUUCACCACAGGGGUCAAAGUGUGUCCCCAGGAGACGAUGAAAGCUGUCAUCGGCAGCCAUCGCGCCUAUUACAAGCUCAGAGUUUGUCAGGAAGCCAUUUGGGAAGCGUUUCGGAUCUUCUUGGACAGGGUCCCAAAUUCAGAGGAGUAUCGAGCGUGGGUUUACACCUGUCAGCAUGAAAACCUCUGCAUGGACGACCUGGCUCAAAACUUUAGCAGCUCUCAGGAGCAUCUGGAUAUGGUGGCCAGAAUAGUGGCCGAGCAGACUGAGAAUGAAGGAUUUGUCACUGGAACCCCAGAGCCAGGAAGGGACUGCACCUGGACACCCCCUCUGAUUCUGCUUCCAACUGAGGCCGAUGUGACCAAAGACAAUCCCAACAUGAUAAAAGAGAACUAUGAGGAGUACAUUGUUGAAUUCAGCGUCACCAUCGUGGACCCGACGUACAGCGAGCUCCUCCGUGAUCCUGAGGCUCCACAUUACAACGACGUCACACGAGAGCUCACAGAUAAGAUGCUUCUUGUGUUUGAAAAAGUUCCAGGAUUCAAAGAGAUUCGUAUUCUGGGAUUUCGCUCGGAGGAUGUGUCUGUGCGCUAUGCCGUGGUCUUUAAUGGAGAAACAGAGCUCAGUGAUGAUCCUGAGGGUCUUGAGGAGCCUGAGACAGAGACAGGCGAGGAUGUAAAUGCUCCUAAACUGAAACACAUUAUUACAAAGGCCUUAAAACAGGAGCCGUCACUACCGCUGGACAUACAGACACUCAGCUUUGAGGCUGUAACCACAAUUUAUCCAGUUGCUGAGCUCGGCCUGAACCCUGUCGAUAGCGUAAUAUCUGAGGAAGACACCACAAAGGAUCCAACAGAGGACAGAACUCCCAUUCAAAGUUUCUUCCCCACAGUGGCAGUGAUAGAAAACUCUCUGGAAGCUUCUACAAUCAAACCAGAAACACACACCUUUGUGCCUUUUAUCCCAGCCAUCCUCCCAGAAACCACUUCUGCCGUCUCUGAUGAGACUCCUUUGAUGGCAGCAGUAGAAGAAGAGUCCACAGAAGAUUCUGCUGAAGGGGCAGAUGAUAUUAUAACUCCAGACACAAUACUGGAAGCAGCCACACAGCAGGAAGAGAAGGAGGCAGAAGCUGAUGGGGUCAAUGAAGAACAUGCAGAGCCACAGAACGAGGACCUUCCCCUGGCAACUUCAGAUUCUCAACCUGAGGAAGUGAUGAGUGAUAAACCUGGUGAGGUUAACCUUGAUGUACCGGAGUCAACAGAUCCUAUAGUUAUGCAGAUAACUGUCACAGAAGCUUCAGUCCCACUCUCCACACCAUCACCUCAUGAGGAUACAGUCCAAGGCAUUGAACCAGAAACAGAUGCAGAGCCUUUGCCAUCUCCUGUAGAGAGCGGCGAAGCCCCUGAAGACAGAGAUGAGUCUAAUGGAGGGCACAGCGGAAUUACCCUGGUCUCAACGGACCUUACUGCUGAGAACUCCAACAUUCAAGAGGAAGUAGGACCAAGUCAGAACGGGACGGAGGCAGAGGUGACCGAGCCUCUGGAGGAAGAGAGCGGUAGUGGAUUCCCUUCAGAGUCUGAUGAACGCCCGUACGAAUCCACAGCUGCACCAGCCAUGAGACAAGCCAGCACCCCUCUGAUGACCGCAGUGGACAAGAGCAAAGAGUUAGUGGUUUUCUUUAGCUUGAGGGUCACUAACAUGAUGUUUUCUGAUGACCUGUUCAACAAGAGCUCCCCGGAGUAUAAAUCACUGGAGAAUACCUUUCUUGAGCUGCUUCUGCCAUAUCUUCAGUCCAAUUUGACUGGAUUUAAGCAGCUAGAAAUUCUAAACUUCAGGAACGGCAGUGUCGUGGUAAACAGCAGGAUGAAACUGGACAAGCCUGUACCAUAUAAUGUCACAGAAGCUGUGCACUGUGUGCUCGAAGACUUCUGUAAUGCAGCAUCUAAACGGCUUGACAUCGAGAUCGACAGUCGCUCCUUGGAAGUGGAACCAGCUGACCAAGCAGACCCCUGUAAGUUCCUGGCCUGCAAUGAGUUUUCACGCUGCGUGGUAAACAGUUGGACCGAGGAGGCAGAGUGUCUGUGUGAUCCAGGCUACAGCACCGAGAACGGCCUGCCGUGUCAGAGCACCUGCACUUUGCAGCCAAACUAUUGUCUCAACGGAGGCCUGUGCGAAAUAAUCCCUGGGCAUGGAGCCACCUGCAGAUGCCCUGUAGGUAAAUACUGGCACUACCAUGGAGAGCACUGCAAUGAGCUGGUGUCGAUGCCGGUAGACCCGCCGCUAAUUAUAACCUGCCUUGUGGGAAGUCUCUGCUUUGUUUGUGCCAUCAUUGGCAUUUUGAUUUUCAUUAACAAGAAAUGUAUAAAGACCAGAAAAGCUGUAACUUUGGUGCACACCCUUGCUCCCUAUGCCUUUGAGAAUACUUUGAGGGUGAACCCAGUAUUUGAGAAUGAUGAUGGUGUCUUAACUCAGGUGUCCACAUUGCCAUGUUCUUCAAGUUCGGCUUCUUCCCAAUCUCAACAGUCUGAGCAAGAACAUUUUGCCUCAAUUGAAAAUAUACACCUGAGUAUUGAGAUCCCCAGACAACUCUACACAACAAGAUCAGAAAAGUUAGUCUCAGAGAUGGUGGACUUUCAUCACUGCAUACCGCACAAUGAGACGUGGCGACUGCCAAAUGAAUACAGAACAUGUUGUCUCUUAAGGGCAUCAGAUAACGAAUGUUUUGAAGUAACAGUUCUUUGA